GCCGCCGCGGUCCAGGGCUCGGACCACUUGAAAGUACAAUAGUUGGUUUCCCUCUCCACCCGCCCCGCUCCGCUGGCCAGCCCAGCACGCCCAUCGGAUCCGAGUGGAGAAGUUGUCCGCCGCUCUCUGUACGCCUAACACCUACCUAUCUUCCUAAAACAUUGAGCAUCAUUACCAAUCAAAAGAAAAAGGAGAACAAGAAGGGAAACAGUACUGGGUUACUAUGCACUUGCGACUGAUUUCUUGGUUUUUUAUCAUUUUGAACUUUAUGGAAUACAUCGGCAGCCAAAACGCCUCCCGGGGAAGGCGCCAGCGAAGAAUGCAUCCUAACGUCAGUCAAGGCUGCCAAGGAGGCUGUGCGACGUGUUCAGAUUACAAUGGAUGUUUGUCAUGUAAGCCCAGACUAUUUUUUGUUCUGGAAAGAAUUGGCAUGAAGCAGAUUGGAGUGUGUCUCUCUUCAUGUCCAAGUGGAUAUUAUGGAACUCGAUAUCCAGAUAUAAAUAAGUGUACAAAGUGCAAAGCUGACUGUGAUACUUGUUUCAACAAAAAUUUCUGCACAAAGUGUAAAAGUGGGUUUUACUUACACCUUGGGAAGUGCCUUGGCAAUUGCCCAGAAGGGUUGGAAGCCAACAACCACACCAUGGAGUGCGUCAGUAUUGUGCACUGUGAGGCCAGUGAGUGGAGUGCUUGGAGUCCAUGCACGAAGAAGGGGAAAACAUGCGGCUUCAAAAGAGGGACUGAAACCCGGGUCCGAGAAAUCACACAGCAUCCGUCAGCGAAGGGUAACCUGUGUCCCCCGACCAGUGAGACGAGAAAGUGUACAGUGCAAAGAAAGAAGUGUCAGAAGGGAGAACGAGGAAAAAAAGGAAGGGAGAGGAAAAGAAAAAAACUUAAUAAAGAAGAAAAUAAGGACGCAGUGCCUGAUAACAGAGGUCUGGAACCCAGCAGAGAAACCCCAGAACAACGAGAAAAUAAACAGCAGCAGAAGAAGCGAAAGGUCCAAGACAAACAACAGAAGUCGGUAUCCGUCAGCACUGUGCAUUAGAGGGUCCCAUGAGAUUGUCGUAGAUUCGUGAUGCUGCUAUCUCCACCAGAUGCCCAGGACAGGGGGAGCACCAGGACAGGUGCUCUAGCCAUUAGGAUCACAAACGGACAAUGUGUCAGUUACUGCUCGGUCCAAACAACAUUCCAAAUAGUUGUUUUAUCUUCAUACAAGCAUAAUUACCAACAACAGAGCCCAAAGUUCAAAGAAGGGAUGCUUUCGAGUGGUUAUCGUACUUGCUUCUGCACAUUUUUAAGAGACAAGAACGUUUGUACAUAAUCCUCAAUAGGCUAUAAGUUCUAACAACCUAAUGAUGACAUCUGGAAAAGCAACAUCUUUUCCCUAUUAAAAAAAUAUUUUUUCAAGCUAUUAUUUUAAGAAGCAAAAGAUAGUUCUGCAAAUUCAAAGACACAGUAUCCCUUCAAAACAAAUAAGAGAUCAGGGGAGAGACACAUCUUUCAAAGGACAGUGUUGUCUGUCCAGGAGAUCUAGAGAGUGCUCCGAUGCUAGGGCCUGGCAUUUGGAAUCCUAAGAACUAUCACCACAGAAACAACUGUUUUCAGAUCAGUUCUAUUGCCCUCGUCCUGUCCGGCAAGAAGCAUGAGAGUGCACCUAGAGUUAAAUAUACUGUCUGGGACUGGAGAAAAGCAAAAUGUGGAAGAAACCAUAGAGUUGGAGAUGACUUUUGUGCUUUCCAAAACUGUGAAGGGUUGUGAUUCCCCGGAACAGGCCUCCAGUCUAUGUCAGCACUGUGUGGUUCAGCCUCUGCUACCCCUUGGGUUAUAUAAGUCUGUAAACAUGUACCUGUAACUUACUUCCAAAAGCAAAAUCAUACUUAUUAGAAGAUUCUGAUUCAUAGAACACAAAAACUAGAGCAAGGAGAAUAUAACAUGUUUGCAAAGUUAUGUGUUUUCUUUCUCAAUGAGGGAGAAACCAUUUUAUUACCUGCUUAAUGGUCCACCUGAACUAAAAAGGAUACUACUUUCUAACAAGGUGUAUCUAGUAGGGGGGAAAGCC